AUGAGCGGUUUGCCGCCGCGCCAACCCUCCGGCAACCAAAGUCGAGAGUUGGUCUUCUGUCAUCAGUGCAGGAACGAAUGGUACAGGGACCAGCACGGCUUGGUAUGUCCGGAAUGUGAAUCCGAUUUCACUGAGAUUCUCGAACACGACGAAUCAGCCCCUCACCGAACCUUAGUUGACUCGGACGAUGACUAUGACGAAGAAGACGACGGCUUCUAUUCUCACCAUCGCCACCAUCAUGCCGACCAUGAUCAUCGGGAUACUGGCUUUGGCCCUGCACCUCAUGGUACAGGGUUCACAUUACGUAUGGGCGGUGGAUCGGGUCCUCAGAUUAGCUUUCGCACGAUACAACCGCAGUUCGGAAGCAGUUCUGGCUCGCCAGGUCCUCAGCACCCCUUUGGCGGUGGCCAUGUAAUAGGAGGAGUCAGUCCGAACCCUCGACAGCCAUCGUUCCCGAGCUCUCCGUUCGACCAUUUCCACGCCCAUUUCCCGGGUGCGGGCGCUCGAUCAAUGCGCUCGACCCCACAAUCGGACCCAUUAAAUCAACAGCGAGAUGAUCGCCACCAGCAACAGCAGCAAGAACAGCAGCAACAACAACAACAGCAACGUUCCUCUCCAGCCGCUACUUCGAACUUCGGAAACGCUUCGCAACCGGUCAUGGAUAUUUUCGCCUCCAUAGUACAAAAUAUUAUGGGUGUUCCGCGGGAGGGGGAUCCCAACGACAACACUCGAAACCAGCAAUACCACGUCCCUGGCGCCUUCCCGGGUGGUAGAUCCCCUCCAAUGGCUGGCCAGAAUAAUCCUGGCCAAGGUUCGAGUCAAGCCGAAGGAUUGGGUGGGCCUGGACAUUCGCCUGGAACUGUACCGUCGCCUGGAGGUUGGUCGCAUGGUGGGCCGCCUGGCGGGCCGCACGGUGGGUCGCCGCACGGAAUGGAGAGUCCACUAUUUAUGCAAAUGCCGAGAGGGAGAGGUGGGGUCACAUAUUAUUCGUCAACGAGGACGUGGACUGGACCCAAUGGGGAGGUAAGGACGAUAAGGACAUCGUCGCCAAUGCCGCCUCACGGGCAGCAGGGGGGUCCCGAAGGUCCGGGCGAAAUGAACUUGGCUAGCAUCCUCGUCAACAUUAUCGGAUCUGGUGCUCAUGGAGACGACGGUAACGGAUUUCCACCACUACUUAGAGCGUUUGGACUCGGGCAUGGCCAAACAGGUGACUACGCCUGGAACCAACAAGACAUGGAUAGGAUAUUAUCCCAAUUGAUGGAGCAGCACCAAGGGAAUGCGCCUCCACCAGCUUCCGAGGAAUCUAUCAGGAAUUUAUCCAAGGUGAAAGUAACACAGGCGGAAGUGGAUGAUGGCAGUGAAUGUGUGGUUUGCCAGGAUGAAUAUAAGGUUGAUGAUGAGGUCGUAAAGCUUCCGUGUAAGCAUAUUUAUCAUGAGGAGUGUGUAACAAGGUGGUUGGAAACGCAUGAUGCUUGUCCAAUAUGUCGUACUCCAAUUACACCAGAAGACCAACGGCGGCAAAGACCGACACCUGGAGCACCUCCCGGAGCAUCUGGGUCCGGGUUCCCACCAUUACCAGGCCAAGGUGGUAGUGGAGGCACAGGGGGGAGCGGUGGUGCAGCUGGUGGGAGCAGUAAUAUGCACACUUCUUCCGGAUCAGGCGGAAGCAACGGGGCUCGGUGGACGUGGUCUACUAGCUUUGGUCGUGGUUGA